CACCACCAUCCGGGUUGGGAUGUGUCAGGCGCUACUCCCUCUUGGUAUCUGCGAUUCUCUGCAUCUUUCUGUCGUCCGUGCCGAUCGCUGCUGGGGGAAGCUCCAUAAUUAGGACCCUGGUGUCCAGGAACCGGAAAUGGGUUCCGUGUCGUUUGAGGACAUUGCUGUGGACUUCUCCUGGGACGAAUGGCAGCAUCUGGACAUGGCUCAGAGGACUCUCUACAGGGACGUGAUGCUGGAGAACUACAGCAGUCUCCUGUUCUUAGGACAUUGCAUGACCAAACCUGAGGUGAUCUUCCAGUUGGAGCAUGGAUUUGGGCCAUGGCCUGUGGGAGACUCCUCUGUCCGCAGCCUUCCAGGUAUUCAUAAAGUGACUACCUCCUUUGAGACCCACCAGGAAAAUCACAAGGGAUAUUUAUGGCAAGUUGAAAUCACCAACAGCCAGACUUCAAAUGAGAAAAUUAUUGAAGCAGACCUGAAAGUGGCACAGAAGAUCCAACAAGGGACAGCAUCCUAUGAAGAUAAAGAUGUUGUGAAGGCAUUUCUCCAGCAGUCACAGCACACAAGGAGUCAGAUGAGUUACUCAUGUAAGAAAAGCAUCCAAUGUAAGUCGCCUCUCAGUAACUGUCAGAGGCUUCUUAGUGAGGAGACGCAGUACACACACAGACCGCGCAGGAAGUCACACCUGACUGAACAGAGAAGUCACGAAGGGGAGAAGCCAUGUGAAAGCUCAGGAUGUGGGAAAGCUUCCCACACCAAGUCUCAGCGUCAGACCACUCAUAGAGAUGAGAAGCCCUACAAAUGUCUAGAAUGUGGGAAAUAUUUCUACUACAAGUCACAAAUCAUUGAGCAUCAAAGAAGUCAUACAGGGGAGAAGCCUUAUGAGUGUACAGAAUGUGGGAAAUCUUUCAGCUAUAAAUCCCAUCUCACUGUACAUCACAGAAGUCACACCGGUGAGAAGCGUCAUGAAUGUACAGAAUGUAGAAAAGUUUUUUACUAUAAGUCACAACUCACUCGACACCAGAGGAGUCAUACAGGGGAGAAGCCCUAUGAAUGUAUGAAAUGUGGAAAAUCUUUCUACUGUAACACACAUCUUUCUUUGCACCAGCGAAUUCAUGUAAAUGUGAAACCCUAUGCAUGUACAGAAUGCGGGAAAACGUUCUCUUUCAGCGCAUGCCUCACUAGACACCAGAGGAUUCAUACAAAUGAAAAGCCCUAUAAAUGUUCACAUUGCCCCAAAGCUUUUUACUUUAAGAAACAACUUACUCAUCAUGAGAAAACUCAUGCUACAGAGAAGCGCUUUGAAUGUAAACAGUGUGGUAAAGCAUUUUACUGGAGGGCCAACCUUACUGUGCAUCAGAAAACACAUGGUGGGGAGAAGCCCUUUGAAUGUAAACAAUGUGGAAAAGCAUUUUACUGCAAGUCCCACCUCACUGUGCAUCAGAGAACUCAUAUAAGUGAAAAGCUCUAUCAAUGUUCACAGUGCAGGAAAGCGUUCUACUCUCAGACACAGCUUGCUGUUCAUCAGAGAAUUCACACUGAUGAGAAGCCCUAUGAAUGUAAGCAAUGUGACAAAACAUUCUACAGCAAGUCUGGGCUUACUGCACAUCAGAAAACUCAUACGGGCGAGAAGCCCUAUGGAUGUAAAGAGUGUGGGAAAGCAUUCUAUAACAAGUACUUGCUCAUUGAGCAUCACAGAGUGCACACAGGUGAAAAGCCCUAUCAAUGUACAGAAUGCAAGAAAGCAUUNUNCUNCAANAAANAUCUUUCUCUACAUCAGAAAACUCAUGCAAGUGAGAAGUCAUUUCAUUGUGCAGAGUGUGGGAAAGCUUUCUCCUGGAUGUCACACCUCACUCAGCAUCAGAGAAUUCACACAGGGGCAACUUCAAGGGCCUCCUGAAGAUGGAUAUCAAGGGGCAGGAGAUGCAUGGGACUGGGGAGUGAAAUUCACAAAGACUCAAUAAAAGUUUUUUUGUUUUUUUGAA